AUGAUAAGCCUUCAUAAAAACCAGCAUAAUAGCUAUAAAACCGACCAUUAUAUACUUUCGAGGUCUAGGUUUAUAUUGUCGUUCCUACUACUCUCAUCGUUAUCAAUUACUACGGUGUUAGCAGCAGAUAUCUACAAUUAUCAAGGUUGCUAUGCCGCUUCUGAUAUAAGGAAACUUUCUCUAACUUCCAAAGGAUCAUACACAUAUCAAUCACGCUCAUAUUGUGAACAACAAUGCCCAGGGGCAGCUUUCGUAGCUCUUUUACAAGGUGAUGAUUGUUAUUGUGGUCAAUCAGAAGAUUUAUCUUCAUUUUUAAAGCUUAGUGCAUCAGGCUCUUGCACUGUACCAUGUCAAGGGUGGCCAUAUGAAACAUGCGGUGGAACUUCAUCUAUGGAUGUUCUGAUAAAUGCAAAUAAAGAUAUAAAUAGUCUAAGUGAAUCAUCUUCUUCGACAAUUUCGUCAUCAAAUACUAAACAAUCCAAAUCAAGCUCCAAACCAACUUCGUCUUCAUUAACCUCCAAUCUCGAGUCUUCUUCCUCUUCUUCUUCAAAAGUUAUUAUAGAUGUUUCCUCCUCUCUAACAUCUUUAUCUGCUUCCGAUGUGAGCUCUUCUCAUACAAAUUCCUUUACAUCCUCGUCUACGUUUCCGUCAUCAUCAUCAUCGUCUUCGUCUUCGUCUUCGUUACCGUUAUCGUCUUCAACCCAUUCGACGACUUCUUUGAUAUCAAGCUAUAAUUCUGCCAGUGCGUCUGAAUCUGUUUCGACACAAGUUUCACAGACAAGAAUUACAUCCUUAAAAUAUACUACCCAUAUCAUUACAAAAUCUGUAGUAACCAAUUCCGAUCAAGAGGCGAAAACCAUCAUAGUAACAACAACAUCAAUAGUAGAAACUGCAGUUCCCUCUGCAAUGUCUAAUAAUACCAUUAACGCAGUAAAUAGAGGUUCCAAUAGUAAAAGUAAGAAACUAAGUGGGGGUGCCAUUGCAGGUAUUGUCGUGGGCGUAGUUGUGGGUACAAUAUUGAUCAUUGUUCUAUUGGUUUUCAUCUUCUUUUAUAGAAGACGUCAUGAUACUGUAAACAUUGAAGAAAAUAAACAAUAUCAACCUUAUUCCUUUGGUGAUGAAGAUGCAAAUCCUAUUUUCAUUCCUAAUAGCAAUAAUAAUAAUAAUAAUAAUAACGCUCAAAGAGCACUUUCAUCAAGAAACAAUAAUUCAACACCAAUUAUUCCAAAUUCAAUUAAAAACACAUGGCAUCGACCAACAAGAAAUAAUACUUUAUCAGAUAUGAAUAAUAAUUCUAAUUCAAAUACUGGUCCUGAUAAUAAUAAUAAUAAUAAAAAUAACACAAGUUUCGGCAUAAUACCGACAACUAAAAGGAAUAUGUCACUUAAUGACCUUAAUAGAUCUAAAAAUAAUAGCAUUAACACAAAUAGAACGAUUCAAUCAGAUAACGGACCUAUACCAAACAAUAACUUCCACCAAUUUAAUAUUCAGCCCACUGUAUUCGAAGAGGAUCCAACAAUAUCACAAUCGAGACCUCCUUUGGGAAUAAAUGAAUCAUUUUAUAAUGGGAAUCAAAGGUUUAGUGCUACAUCUUUACCUGAUAUGAUGCAAGAAAGAAAAAUCUACGGAUAG